GUGGGCCCACUCUUUGGUUUAUUCUCAUGUGCCUAUGGCAUUUGUAGCACAGGUAGCCUAUGAUAUUACAAUUAUCCAUAAGCAUUUGACAGCGCAAAGGCGCUACAGGCGCCGACACUGCGCAUGCGUGAUGUUUCAGCACUGCAGACGGAAUUUUCUCACUGUGAUGCUCUGGGCUCCUGACCGAGCUGUCAGUUCGAGUCCUGCCCUCAGUUCGUGUCUCUCCACGUUUGUAGUAUAGCUAUGCAUAAGGGUACAGAUUCAUAGACGUUUAGAUGUCCUAAAAGAGAGUGUCAUCGUGUUUGAAAAGAGGGUAUAACCAUCUGCGAUUGUUGGAAGUGGUAGUGCGACACGAAUGAAGCCUGUGGAGCGCCUGUUAUCAAGGACUCGGUCUACGGUCACCCAGAUCAGAGCAGUAUCAUGUCUGCCUCGGCGUCAGCCCAAUCCGAGAGAUCGCAAAGAGACGAGAUAUGUAAGCAACGAAAAUGUUUGUCUUUUCUUUUUUAUCAAGCCGUGAGAGAUCUCAAGCCAGUAUGGAUGCUAGAAGACAUGCGGACAAUGGAGACAUUUUACUGGGAGGAAGAUGCCAGUCAGAGAACAUAUACGCCAUCGGAGGCUUUACUCUAUGCUAUCGUGCAUGAUCACCAAGCUUAUGCCCAGUAUUUGCUUAGUCAUUAUUCGGACGAGGCCUUGGCCAUGCCUGGCGAGCGGUUUUGUUGCUGUCCAUCUUCGGCACCACACUUGGCAAUGGCUGUAAGAUAUGACAGGAGAGACAUACUGGGACUUAUAUUGCAGGUGGCGCACCGGCUCCCCAGUUUGCGCUCAUAUAUGAACCGCGGUGGGUGUUUCCACUUGGAAGACGGUAAAACCCCUCUCCACUUGGCCUGUGAACUGUUGCGGUCCGAAGCAGUCAUUUUGCUACUGGGCAAUGGUGCAUCGCCCCAGGCCGAAGACCACAACGGUAUGACACCUCUUGACGUUAUUUUGGAACAGCUAUGGGACUCGAAGGUUAAUGCGGGGGCAAAAAAGCUGUGCUUGGACAACUUGUUGAUGUUCAUGCCCGAUAUCCGUUUCAAAAUGAAAACCUCUUUAGAGAAGGACCCCAAGCGCUGGUCCGAACUUAUUGGAGAGGAAAAAUUCAACUACCUCGUCGGAAAGAAUCCGGCUCCGCUGUUUCUCAUUGCUAUGCAAAAGAUACUUCAGCAUUUACCCCCCGAGCAAUUUCCCAAGAGUCUCGAUGAUUUGCCCAUCCCCUCCUCUCUGAAGCCUCUCCCCGUACCGUGCAAACAGCGAGGAAAGUUGAAAGUAUUCUAGCCUGACAUGACUGAUAUGUUGUUUUUUUAUGCCUAUUUAUUAUUGUUUCAGCAUGCAUAUGUAUGAAGAGCAUGCUUUAACGACCUCCAUACCGAUGAAUUGCUGUUCGGGGUAAAAUCCAUCUGAUUGAGGAUUAAACAUUGCCCAACAGUAACAGUACAUUCAGACAUGAAUUGUUCAAUUACGGAACUGUUAAUGUGAAUGUGAAAUGUUUUAAUAUAAUUUCAGAAGAGACUAAUAUAUGCAACAAUGGAUAAAAAAAAAAAGUUUUUAAUUGUUUUACAUACAUUAUAUAAUGCUUACCUGUAUUAUGACAUACUGUCCUUGCAUUACCAUCAUAACAAUUACCUCAAUCUGGUGUAACCUGCAACUUGAAAGAUCAGGGUCAUUCAUGUUUUGAAAUACAAUAGAAUGAUAUUUGGUCCUUAAAUCAGUUUUAGAGACCCUUUUGAUUGAAGCCUAUGGCCCCUUCUCUUUGUUGGUAAACACCAAACAUACUUCAGCUUUUCUAUUGGCUAAUUAUAUUAGACAUAUAUUUUUUACAAAGAAUGAACUCAGUGGAAUCUGUCCAGAACUUAGCAUGAUUCUGAUAUGUUGCUUGCAGGUUGAUUGAGCUAUUUCGGGCACAAUUAUACGUUGUGUCCGGUAUCUGAGUAAGGACAUAUGGUGCUAGCCUUACCAAGGGUUAUUUCUAACAAACCUUCCAUUGCAAUGCCUGAGGUGAUAACAUCCAUUGAUAUAUGUUUGGUUAUUUGUCUUGUUUGUUCUGUUAUUAUGUCAUUCACAAAGUAAAGGAACUAUUUCAAAUUCA